AAGGAAGACAUAACAUGCGCUCGACUGUUGACACUUUACUACUCGGAUUGUAGAUACAGAUAUGGGUGCAUGUACUUCUAUACAGUUGAUAUCAUCGACCAGGAAGAAAUUUAACCUAUUUAAGUCUAACGUAUCGUGGAUAGCUCUCAUAAAAAGUUUUCUUUGGAUUAAAUAGCUUUUAAGGUUGGAUGUAUAUAGCAGUGAGGGAAUAUUAAUACGGACGGACACUCUAAACUUGUGAUUGAAUAGCGCUUACAAUAUUGAGGACUAUCUAUAUUUGGCUAUCAGGAAUAAUGAAAAUAUACGCGGGAGAUUAAUAACUAUUCAUAAUUUGAAAAUGUAAGAUCAAUUAUAACUAUAUAUCACUUAUUUGAAGUAUUGAACACUCAUAUUAAACACACUGGUCUGAGAAUUCGAACAAUAUGGAUGACGACGCUAUUUGGUCGACAUACACGCACCGUCUAGACGAGUUAGAAAGACGAGUCGAGUUUCCAUGUGUUGUCAGACUAAAUGAAGGGUAUUACUCUGAAGCGGAAGGCGAGGGCUUCUCGCAUGGCGAUAUAGUUGCCAUUGAUAAGAAGCUGGUUCUCCACAAAGUAGCCGCGAAUUUCGCUAAUCGGAUCUAUCGACCGAGUCAUUCGCCAGCGGAGGAGGAGUGGGGGUAUGAACGUCUAACUGACGAAAUUCUAGUGCCGCUGAACUAUAACGGGAAAGCCAAGAUCCAGUCCACCGGAAAGAAGUAUUCAACCGUCCGUGACCUUGUCGCCGAUUUUCCGAGGUAUGCGAAAGUGUGUAAGAAUCUGAAAGUUUGGACGGCGGAUCGCCAACCCGUGGAGCUGCAGGCUGGGGCAGUAAUUGAGCUGGAUCGAGUGAUGCCAGCAAGUUCGGCUGGAGCCCCGGAUAAUUUGGUGCUGAUAUUUGACUACCAGACUCGCUCCACCUACGCCACCGUGCCGAUGGACGCCAAAGCUUCCUUCCGUACAGAACCUGACGAAACUGAAUACACCAUUAAAGAAGUAAUAGAUAGAUUUAAGAUGCCUCAGGUUGUGAAAUUCGUUGACGAUCAGAUCAGAAAGAUUUACACGCAAGACCUCGUGGAAGGCAUUGAAAAUAUGCAUACCAUCACAGAAAUGCUGCAGUUGAACCGCCUAGUCACUCAGAACGUGCUGGUCGGUCACUACAAGCCAGUGGGUGACGUUGAAAGUGGGGACUCGAAACACUUCAAGAGACGGACGCUGAUCGUCCUACCCCUCGACCAUCCGGAGAUUAGGGAGGUUGAAGUGAACGUCCUCGAGGGACAGGCUGACCUGUACGAGGAGGUCGUCUCCGUCCAGAAUAUCUCGAGCGAUAUGGACGUGGUUGACAGCCUCUAUGUGGAAUUUAGGACAGAGUUCCCGGCCCUUAGGCGUUUUACGUUCACUGAAGAGGACGAUGCUAGUGUUAGUGAACAGGAUCAAGGCACUAACCAUGUUACCGCAGAGAAUCACCCACAACAAAACGAACCCGAUGAUGACACGCCACCUCCUGUUCCUGCACGCAGAGGCAGAGCCAAAGCCAAUGGUGGCGUUACAACUGCACAAGUCCGCGCAGCAAUAGAUCCGACGAAACUUUUACCAAAUUCAGCCACAAAUCCGAAGACAAGUCCUCCUAUUAAAGGAAGAAAGAACCCCGCAGUCAGUCCUAAGGUUGUUCCAAUGGGCUCAGGAUCUCCUUCAACACUGCGUAGACCACUGCCAAUGACGCCCAAAGGGACCGACUCGUUUCAGACAAAACAGGAGAAGGACCUCGAAGAUGGAUAUGAACAGAUGGGGAAAGCUCCCCCGCCGCCAUCAAGAAAACCCAAGACACAAAAGGACAAAGAUGGAUACGAAAUUCCAGUUUACGCCCCUCCUCCCAAAGGGAAGCAGACGACACCUCCAGCUCAACCUGAAACGAAAACAUACAUGAGUUUUGACAUUGCUGGAAUUGCGAGUACAUUCGAUGCUGACGUAGCAUUACCGAUACCGAAAAGAGCCGCAAAGAAGGGCAUAUUUUCUAAGCUGCAUAAAGGACAUAAACACAAGCACGUAUAUGAGAACGAAGAAAAACAUGAUACAGUGGACACAACAAAGGCGAUAGAUGAUGAACUAUUAGUGUAUGAUGUAGUGGACGAAGCAACCCUCGGUAGGUUCAGGGAUCCGGGAUUUGCAGCAUCCCAACAGGUGAAUAAAGUUCGCCCUAUUGCAGCAGUGCAGCCACAAAACAGCAACCCCAUGAGUCCUACACAUUCGGACCACAAAUCUUUCGUCGACCUCUCGUGCAGUGAGGUGGUGUCGCGUCUUAAAAAGUGCAAAUUGAACACGCUUGCAGUCAUAUGUGAAAAAGAUAAACUGGACGGCUCGUUCUUUAAGUUUAUAAGUGAUACGGAACUUGCCAAGGACCUUAAGCUAGGAAAGUUGGACGUUUUGAAGUUGAAAAAGAUGCGAGAUGAAAACUGGGUACUUCUUGAAUAAAAGGGACUACUUUUUCAAAGCUAUUUAAAGUGAUCUUUGAUAAAUCAAUGGAGAUUUUAGAGCCAUUAGUCCUGUGGACGUUUAAUUUUAUAUCAAUAUGGCAAUACAAAUAUUUUGCGAAAUAUCGAACAUGCUACCACUGUAUAUAUAUUUUUAUGUACGAUAAAAAACUUCGAUUUUGUAGUAUAUAUUUUUUUUUAAACUUUGGUCAUAGAAAAGAAACCAACAACACAUUUGUAAUAAUGAUUCCUGCACGGAUAAAUUAUCUGCAAUUUUUUUUAAGACCUUUGCAAUGGUAUAUAGGUUUAUUUCAGAAUAAGAUCUUGUUUUUAGACUAUCUGCGCAUGCGCGCAGGUAGUCUUAAGAUCACAAACUCCAAAGAACUACUUCUAUUCAUGUCGUUUUAACCAUUUUUUGUCUCAAUGCGCCCUAUGAUAAGCAGAAUGACGUCGAAACCAUACAAAUGGAUUGGUCGUGUUGCAGUCCGAGUUUUUGCUUGUUCGGCUAUUUUUUCACGAGUGGUCAUAGAUUUAUUUUAAUGGCCAAGAUUGAAAUAAAAUACGAUCUUGCAUUAAAAUCAAUAAACUUU